AUGGACGAACUGCUCGCAUUAUUAGAGGGUGAUGAUGCCGAUGAUUUACCUUAUUCAAAGACAUCCUCCCCGUCUUUCUCUUUUUCUCUCCGACGACUUCUGAAACACGCGAAAUAUUUGCGAGAGGGGUGCAAGCUCAACGACGCGACGGUUUCACGAGCCGCUUUGCGCGACUCUGAGGCGAUUGAAGAGUGCUGCAAACGAGUUCGAGCGUGUAAAAGCAUGAAAGACAAGAAGCAUGUAACUACCUGCGGUAUCGAAUCUACGAUGAUGACGGCAUCGUUAUCCUCCUCCUUCGCGCGCUCCCCUAUUAUUAGGGGACGACAAAAAGGACAUCAAAGAGAAGGAGGCAAAAAUACGCGGACUAAAAUCGAACAAGACGAACGGGUACAAACGAACGCGUCGACCUCUUCGUCAUCGAGUAGAGCAAAGCCUUCGACAACAUCAUUAUUGAUAUCAUCAUCAAUAAAGUCCUCCUCCUCGAUACGCGAACGACGUGCGCGAGAUAUAGAGCGAGCGAAAACUCGGCGAGAAGAACGAGAGAGGAAAGCGAAAGAGAAGAAGGAGAAGGAGGAGAAAGAAGCCAACGACAAACGAAUGUUGCUCACUUCGCGAGCAAAAGAGGCGAAGAGACUAGUUCUUUCGCGAGAGAACACCACCAAAGAUAGAAAGAACGAAAGCAGCGACGACAUGACGGAAAAAACGAAGAAAUCAAAUCCAUCUUCAUUUCAGAGGCGUAGUCCGCGUUCGCGGCGUGAACGAAAAAGACCGUCGUACAUGAAUGCGGUGAGAGAAAAAGAUGUCGACGCGCAAACGGUGCUCACAAUUGAAGAGGUUUUGGAGGCGCUCAUCGCUGCUACUGUGCGCAGUGCCUCGAACGCGGCGUGGAAACGUGCAAAGAUGCUGGCGACGCAAGCAAAGGUAAAAGAGAGAGAAAUACUUGCCUCGAUACCAGUAAGCAACGGUGAGAGUGACUGCGGUCGUACAAAAGCCGCCACCCCGGCGACAACUUCAAAGAAGGAAAAGAAACCAACUAAGCUUAUAAACUUUGUCGACGUGGUAAAAGCUGCGGCAAAAGAAUCUGCGCUACAGAAAAGGAACAGAGAACGUAAAGAGGAGAAAGAACGCGAUCUUGCAGAAAAAAAGCGACUCGAAAAGAUCGCGUUUAAGAAACAGCGCGAAAAGGCUGAACUCUUGAGAGUAAAGCUGGAGGAACUUCGCAAGGAAAAAGAAAAGUUGGAAGAUGAAAAGAAGAGAGAAAUGAAAGAGAAGAAAAGGAUUGCAGACGAGAAGAAAGCUUGGAGAGAAGAUCGUCAAAGGAGAAGAGAUCAAGCUGCUCUCGAAGUAGCGAGAAAUGCUAGAGAAAAAGCAGAAGUAAACGCAUUUGUAGACGCUUUAGUCAACGAGAUCUUCCAGUAG